AUGUCCUCUCUUGUCCCUGCCAAUGGCCAGCAGGCCUACAUUGGCCUUGGAUACCUCUCACCCGAACUGUGCUGGGAGCACCUUCAGGUGCAGUUGAGUCCCUUCACCCAAGUCAUUGCUAUUGACGCUCGCGACUAUGAUGCUUGGACCCAAGACACUCGAAACAUCCUUGUCCAGAUGUUCAUGCAUCAUGCUCGUACUCACGAUGCUCGCUACGUUCGCGAUGCCGCUGGCGGCCGCGUCUUUCUUGGCGCUGUCGAGCAUCUUACCACGGAACAUGUUGUUGUUCUCAACAUCCCUGGCUCUGACCUCCCUGUCAUGCUUCCUCGUGCCAGCAUUUGGGCAGGCCCAAACAGCACCAACAAUGCUCAGAACCAAUACAGUUUCACCCCUUCGCCUCCUCAGAACCACCAGCAGCAGGUUCACCAGCAGAUGGUCAACCAAUUUGGCACUCCCCCCUCAUACUCUAUGCCGGCCAUGAUGCCUAUGGGCACGGGAAUGCAGAUGAAUGUCCCCAUCUCUACCGCUCCUAUUUCUACUCCUGCUGCACCCAAGACUCCCGAGCAGCAGGAGGAGACACCGACCAAGGCACCUUCGUCUCGCAAGCGCAAGUCUACUACCAAGACUCCCGGUUCCCGCAAGCGCAACACCAGCAAUGUCCGCAUCAAGAAGAGUGAUAGCGACGACGGCGAGGACAAGAACAACUCAAGCCCUUCUGGCAACAAGGUCAAGGUCAACCUGGUGCAGGUGCCCGAGCUCAACACUGCCCUUGCCAAAGGAGAGGAAGGUCAGGCCGCAAAGGACUAG